CGGACGCUGCCAGGCAGCGCGCGCAGCCCCCAGCUCAGCCUCCAAGUUUGCCCGGCGGUUUGGGGCGACUCUCUGGUUACCUGAGCCCGUCACCACGUCAGCGCCACAUCAUCUGGGCCCUUUCUGUUUGCAAGGAAACAGGAAAAGAAGGGAGGAAAAGCUCUCCAGAGCGGCAAGCCAAUCGCGGGCAGCAGGCGCUGCGGGAGGAGCGCGCGCGCGGGCAGCGGGGCGGGCCCGAGGGGGCGGCGGGCAUCCGGCGAGCGGCGGUCCGGUGUGCAGCGCGGGCCUUGCGGCAGGGCGGCGGGGAAGAUGCUGCAGUCCCUGGCCGGCAGCUCGUGCGUGCGCCUGGUGGAGCGGCACCGCUCGGCCUGGUGCUUCGGCUUCCUGGUGCUUGGCUACCUGCUGUACCUGGUCUUCGGCGCGGUGGUCUUCUCGUCGGUAGAGCUGCCCUAUGAAGACCUGCUGCGCCAGGAGCUGCGCAAGCUGAAGCGGCGCUUCCUGGAGGAGCACGAGUGCCUGUCGGAGCCGCAGCUCGAGCAGUUCCUGGGCCGGGUGCUGGAGGCCAGCAACUACGGCGUGUCGGUGCUCAGCAACGCCUCGGGGAACUGGAACUGGGACUUCACCUCCGCGCUCUUCUUCGCCAGCACCGUGCUCUCCACCACAGGUUACGGCCACACCGUGCCCCUGUCCGAUGGGGGCAAGGCCUUCUGCAUCAUCUACUCCGUCAUCGGCAUACCUUUCACCCUUCUGUUCCUGACGGCAGUGGUCCAGCGUGUCACCAUCCAUGUCACCCGCAGGCCAGUCCUCUACUUCCACGUCCGCUGGGGUUUCUCCAAGCAGGCAGUGGCCAUCGUCCACGCGGUCCUCCUCGGUGUGGUCACCGUGUCCUGCUUCUUCUUCAUCCCGGCCGCGGUGUUCUCUGUCCUGGAGGAUGACUGGAACUUCCUGGAAUCCUUUUACUUUUGUUUCAUCUCCCUGAGCACCAUUGGCCUCGGAGAUUAUGUUCCCGGGGAGGGCUACAAUCAAAAAUUCAGAGAGCUCUACAAGAUCGGGAUCACGUGUUACCUGCUCCUUGGUCUUAUCGCCAUGUUGGUGGUUCUGGAAACCUUCUGUGAGCUCCACGAACUGAAGAAGUUCAGAAAAAUGUUCUACGUGAAGAAGGACAAGGAAGAGGAUCAAAUGCACAUCAUAGAACACGACCAGCUGUCCUUCUCCUCCAUCACGGACCAAGCGGCGGGGGUGAAGGAGGACCAGAAGCAGAACGAGCCCUUUGUGUCUCCCCAGCCACCCGCCUUGGCCGAUGGCGCCUCAGACCACUAGGAUAGGGCUUUGCUGGGCCGUGCCCGGGCACAGGCUCAGGGCACAGGCUCAGGGCGGUGGGAGGAAGCUUCUCUUGUUCAUUUUGAUGAGGAUGUAAAAGCAGUACUUUUUGUAAAAUGGAACAAAAGAAGCUUUUAUUCCAGAAGACUGUCUAAAAUAUGAGAAAAUGGCAUCUGUACCUGUAAUUCAUAUGUGACAAAAUUAUCUCGGCUUUACUAAUAGGAGAAGAAGAAUACUUGAAGCAGGGUGCCAUUGUGGAUAGAAACAGAUUUUAUACUUUUCAUUGGGAACUUUGGGAUUUGCAUUUAAAUUGUUUAGCUGAUAGUUAAAUAGUGACAUUUAUAUUUAAAGCAAAAAAAAAAAGGCAUAGAGAUGUGUUUUAUAAAUAAGUUUAUGUGUACUGGUUUGCAUGUACCCAUCCAAAAAUCAUUAUUUUUGUAGACUCUUAAGUUAAACCUGCUAUUUAUAAUGACUAGAUAACCAUUAACUGUACAUACAAAUAUAAAUAUGUUUAUAUUCUGUACAUACGGUUUAGGUCACCAGUUCCUGGUAUACUUCUUAACCCAAGGUUGUAGAGAUUUUCCCUUUUGAUUUCUCUUUAUACUGAAGAAUCAGAAGUUGCUGCAAUAAAAUAAGUGGAAUAACACA